UGGGCAUGUUUCUCGGUCAGUGAUAACCCCGGAUUCCGCCGACAUGCUAGACUUUGCACGUGCACUAUACAUGCGCUGUGUAACAUUUCCAAUAUUUUCCUUUCCCUGUUCUGGCCUAGGUGGACUUAAGUACCUAGCUAGUAACAACUGGGGAAGAAGCUACAGGGCAGGUACGGCGUAGGGAGGUAACAAAACUCCGGUGGCUUCAGUGAGGUAACAGAUGGUCAAAUGACGCCAAUCCCGCGUGGGCCUAGGAACAAAUCUGAACCUCGGCAUCUUCCAUCUUCCAUCUUCCAUCCCAUCCCCUUUGUGAUCACGCUCCAUCUCACUUGUAAUCUCACUAUACUAUAACUUUAAUCAACUUCAUCUUUGCAUUCUAUCGUUGUAAUAUUGCCAAUAUAAUUCUUGUUCUUAUUUUCGGUUGUCUGUCGUAAUAAUUUCCGAUCCGGUUAUUUUCGUUGCAUUCCAAGUAAGAAAAUAAGGUGAUUAACAAAUAACACGACGACGAGGCAACCAAUCCGAAAGCCAGGAUGCCUUUCGACACCGAGCUGACGCGCCGCCUGGGCAUCAAAAUCCCCGUCGUUCAGGGUGGGAUGCAGCAUAUAGGAUAUGCUGAGCUGGCUGCUGCCGUGUCCAACGCCGGAGGGUUGGGUAUACUCACAGCCCUCACCCAGCCGACACCCGAAGAUCUGAGAACUGAGAUUCGGCGGUGUAGAAGUAUGACCAAGAACCCCUUCGGCGUUAACAUUACCCUGUUGCCUGCUCUGGUACCACCAAACUAUGCCGCCUUCGCUCAGGUCGUCAUCGAUGAAGGCAUCAAGAUCGUCGAGACCGCUGGCAACAGCCCCGGACCAGUCAUCUCCCAGCUGAAAGCCGCUGGCAUCACCAUUCUCCAUAAGUGUACCACCAUUAAGCAUGCACAGAGCGCCAUCAAGCUCGGUGUCGAUUUUCUCUCCAUAGACGGGUUUGAAUGUGCAGGACACGUGGGCGAGUCAGACAUUACCAACUUUAUCUUGCUCAGCAAGGCACGUCAAACGCUGAAGGUGCCUUUCAUUGCGUCAGGGGGCUUCGCCGAUGGUCAGGGCCUAGCGGCCGCGCUGUGUCUCGGCGCAGAAGGCAUCAACAUGGGUACGCGUUUCAUGUGCACAGUCGAGGCCCCCAUCCACCAGAAGAUCAAGGAACAGAUCGUCAAGGCCCAAGAAACGGACACCGCCUUGGUAAUGCGGAGGUGGACCAACACCACCCGGCUUUACCGCAACCAGGUCACGGACCAGGUCGUCAAGAUCGAAAAGGAGAGCCAGACUGGCGAAUUUUCCGAGAUCGCCCCUUAUGUAAGCGGGAAACGAGGUCGAGAAGUCUUCAUAAAUGGAGACCCUGAAUUUGGUGUCUGGACUGCCGGACAAGUUAUUGGUCUCAUCCAUGAUAUCCCGACCUGUGGCGCCCUGCUGAAGAGGAUAGAGAAAGAAGCAGAGGAAACGCUAACGUCGAAACUUUCACUAGCCAAACCCCAGAGUAAGCUGUGAAAGGGGGGUACAUUGUGCCAUUACCCAUUCCGAUUAGAAUGAUCCCGGCUUGUGGAUUUUGCGGUGUGACUUAUCACGAGCAUAACGUGGGAUUUCACGUACCAUAGAUACUCUGCCAAAUGCCGAUUUAGAUAUUUGACAAGUCUUCUAGACAUAUCAUUGGAUCUCAACGAUCCUUUCUCAUGUUACAAUAAUACGGAAUACGAUUCUAGAUUCAAAGAAUGCGCCAACGGA